AUGGACAGGAGAACCCGCUUCGUGUCGACAUCCUUCAGCAGGCUGCUGCUUGCACUGCUUGCACCCUGGAAGUUUGACACCUGGUCUACGUCGUUUACGGGGCUCAGGGCCACAGUGGGCACUGGACAUUUGGUGACGAAACCUGGGGAGAGUCAACGGUACAAAGUGACCUUUGGUGAGAUGUCGGAAGCGGAAGUGGAGUUGGAAGUCAAGAAGACCGACGGCGAAGCGGCGGCCAAGACUGUGGAGGAUCCGAAACGAAGCCAGGACCCCGCCGCCAGUGCCAAGGGCGCGAAAGAUUACUUGGACAACCACGACGUCUUGCGUGUCGUGCAGGCAGUUCUCCAGGCUGUGAUCAAGGAGAAGCCAGACGACCCUUACCGGUUCAUGGCGAAGCUCUUCAUGAAUGGAUACAUCGGCGGUAGCACGGAGAAUUUGGCGAAGGAGGAGAAGCCGGUGCAGCAAGCGGAGGAAGUGCCCAAAGCUGUCAAGCCAGUUGAGGAGCCGGCUGCGGAGGCCCCGAAGGCAGAGCCGCCAACAGCCGAGGCGAAGCCUGAAGAGCCCGCUGCGGAGGCACCGAAAGCAGAAGCGCCAGCUGCUGAGGCGCCAGCUGCCGAGGCAAAGCCGGAAGAGCCCGCUGCGGAGGCACCGAAAGCAGAAGCGCCAGCUGCUGAGGCGCCAGCUGCCGAGGCAAAGCCUGAAGAGCCCGCUGCGGAGGCACCGAAAGCAGAAGCGCCAGCUGCUGAGGCGCCAGUUGCCGAGGCAAAGCCGGAAGAGCCCGCUGCGGAGGCACCGAAAGCAGAAGCGCCAGCUGCUGAGGCGCCAGCUGCCGAGGCAAAGCCUGAAGAGCCCGCUGCGGAGGCACCGAAAGCAGAAGCGCCAGCUGCUGAGGCGCCAGCUGCCGAGGCAAAGCCUGAAGAGCCCGCUGCGGAGGCACCGAAAGCAGAAGCGCCAGCUGCUGAGGCGCCAGCUGCGGCAAAGCCUGAAGAGCCCGCUGCGGAGGCACCUAAAGCAGAAGCGCCAGCUGCUGAGGCAAAGCCUGAAGAGCCCGCUGCGGAGGCGGCGCCAGCUGCUGAAGAGCCCGCUGCGGAGGCACCGAAAGCAGAAACACCAGCUGCUGAGGCGCCAGCUGCUGAGGCGCCAGCGGCUGAGGCAAAGCCUGAAGAGCCCGCUGCGGAGGCACCGAAAGCAGAAGCGCCAGCUGCUGAGGCGCCACCUGCUGAGGCGCCAGCUGCUGAGGCGCCAGCGGCUGAGGCAAAGCCGGAAGAGCCCGCUGCGGAGGCGCCAGCUGCUGAGGCGCCAGCUGCUGAGGCGCCAGCCGCUGAGGCGCCAGCCGCCGAGGCAAAGCCUGAAGAGCCCGCUGCUGAGGCCCCCAAGGCAGAGCCAGCUGCUGAGGCAAAGCCUGAAGGGCCCGCUGCAGAGGCAGCUGCUGAGGCACCACCUGCCGAGGCAAAGCCAGAAGAGCCAACUGCGGAGGCCCCGAAAGCAGAGCCAGCUGCUGAGGCAAAACCUGAAGAGCCUGCUGCGGAGGCACCGAAAGCAGAGGCGCCAGCUGCUGAGGCGCCAGCUGCCGAGGCAAAGCCUGAAGAGCCCGCUGCGGAGGCACCGAAAGCAGAGGAGCCAGCUGCUGAGGCAGAGACGGAAGAGCCCGCAGGUAAUGAGGCUCCAGCUGCAGAGGCCAAGCCUGAAGAGCCCGCUGCGGAGGCACAGAAAGCAGAGGCGCCAGCUGAGACGCCAGCUGCCGAGGCCAAGCCUGAAGAGCCAGCUGCAGAGGCACCGAAAGCAGAAGCACCAGCUGCAGAGGCGCCAGCUGCCGAGGCCAAGCCUGAAGAGCCCGCUGCAGAGGCCCCGAAAGCAGAGGAGCCAGUUGCAGCGGCACCAGCUGCUGAGGCAAAACCUGAAGAACCCGCUGCGGAGGCAGAGGCGCCAGCUGCAGAGGCCAAGCCUGAAGAGCCUGCUGCUGAGGCGCCGAAAGCAGAAGCGCCAGCUGCUGAGGCAAAGCCUGAAGAGCCCGCUGCGGAGGCACCGAAAGCAGAGGCGCCAGCUGCUGAGGCAAAGCCUGAAGAGCCCGCUGCGGAGGCACCGACAGCAGAACCAGCUGCUGAGGCACCAGCCGCCGAGGCAAAGCCUGAAGAGCCCGCCGCAGAAGCAAAGCCUGAAGAGCCAGCGGCAGACGCACCAGCUGCUGAAGCAAAGCCUGAAGAGCCCGCUGCGGAGGCACCGAAAGCAGAGGCGCCAGCUGCUGAGGCGCCAGCUGCCGAGGCAAAGCCAGAAGAGCCCGCUGCGGAGGCGCCGAAGGCGGAGGAGACAGCUACUGAGGCCAAGCCAGAAGAGCCAGCAGUGGAGGCACCAAAAGCAGAGGAACCAGCUGCAGAGGCACCAGCUGCCGAGGCAAAGCCAGAAGAGCCCGCUGCGGAGGCGCCGAAAGCGGAGGAGACAGCUACUGAGGCCAAGCCAGAAGAGCCAGCAGUGGAGGCACCAAAAGCAGACGAACCAGCUGCAGAGGCACCAGCUGCCGAGGCAAAGCCUGAAGAGCCCGCUGCGGAGGCACCGAAAGCGGAGCCUGCUGCUGAGACAAAGACUGAAGAGCCCGCUGCAGGUAAUGAGGCUCCAGCUGCAGAGGCCAAGCCUGAAGAGCCCUCUGCGGAGGCCCCGAAAGCAGAGGAGCCAGCUGCUGAGGCGACAGCCGCCGAGGCCAAGCCCGAAGAGCCCGCUGCAGAGGCACCGAAAGCAGAAAUGCCAGCUGAGGCGCCAGCUGCCGAGGCCAAGCCCGAAGAGCCCGUUGCAGAAGCACCGAAAACGGAGGAGCCAGUUGCUCAGGCAUGA